CUACCAAUUUCUUACUUACCCAAAAUCAACACGAAGUAUAUGCACUCUCAAACAAAUUCUUGUUUGUUUUGGUGAAUUUGUCUUCAUGUGCUUCGAGAGAGAAAUGACUCUAAACGCAGCAUGGUCUUUUUGAAUAGCAAUAGCAACAAGUUCCCAUGAACAACGGCCACGGAGGAGAAGAUCAGCACAAGAGCCAGGCAAGUCUGGACUCGAGGUUCAAUCAAACUCUCAAGAAUGUUCAAGGGCUGCUUAAAGGGCGCAGUAUUCCUGGUAAAGUAUUGCUGACCAGGAGAUUAGAUCCACCGGAUGAAUUGAUUCUGCAAGAACAGUCACCUAAAUAUGAAAGGAGUUUCUCAGAAUACGAUGCUGGCACAAGUGAUAGGAUGGACAAGUCUGGGGAGGUAGAAGUCCACAAUACACACAACCCAAAUGAACAUUACACUGGUAAUAAGUUGAGAUCCUCAACUUCCAAUGUCGAAAGAGUAGCCAAAGAAGUGCAGAAAUCUGCUAUUGGUGCUAGAGCUACGGAUUCUGCAAGAGUUAUGAAGUUCACAAAGGAGCUCUCUGGGACGACAGUCAUAUUAGAGAGGUUACGUGAGCUUGCUUGGAGUGGUGUACCACCAUAUAUGCGGCCCACAGUCUGGAGGCUUCUCUUGGGAUAUGCACCACCUAAUUCAGAUAGAAGGGAAGGGGUGCUCAGAAGGAAACGUGUAGAGUAUCUUGAUUGUGUUGCACAGUCUUAUGACAUUCCAGAUACUGAACGUUCGGAUGAUGAGAUCAACAUGCUUCGUCAGAUUGCUGUUGAUUGCCCAAGAACUGUGCCCAACGUACUUUUCUUUCAGCAAGCUCAAGUUCAGAAAUCUUUGGAGCGCAUUCUUUAUACAUGGGCCAUUCGGCAUCCUGCUAGUGGGUAUGUUCAGGGGAUAAAUGAUCUUGCUACACCCUUUCUGGUUGUUUUCUUGUCAGAAAACUUGGAAGGGGGCAUAGAUAAUUGGUCAAUCUCUGAUCUCUCCCAAGAAAAAAUAUCUAACAUGGAGGCUGAUUGUUAUUGGUGUCUAUCAAAGCUACUUGAUGGGAUGCAAGACCAUUAUACAUUUGCUCAACCAGGAAUACAGAGGCUUGUGUUUAAGCUGAAGGAAUUGGUUAGGCGGAUUGAUGAACCUGUUUCAAGACACAUGGAGGAGCAAGGGCUUGAAUUUCUUCAGUUUGCAUUUCGCUGGUUUAACUGUCUCUUAAUACGCGAGAUUCCUUUUCCUCUUGUUACUCGCCUGUGGGACACGUAUCUCGCCGAAGGGGAUGCACUGCCAGAUUUCCUUGUGUACAUAUUUGCCAGUUUUCUGUUAACGUGGUCAGAUAAGAUUCAGAAGCUUGAUUUCCAAGAGCUGGUGAUGUUUCUCCAGCACCUUCCAACUCAAAACUGGACGCAUCAAGAACUUGAGAUGGUUCUUUCAAGAGCAUUCAUGUGGCACAGUAUGUUCAAUAGCUCUCCCAGCCACCUAGCUAGCUGAAGGAGAGUACUAACAUUUGCAAUAUAUAUUAACCGACCCAUCCAGUCUUGUACCUCUUUAUCAAAUUUUCUUCCUUUUCUCACCUUAAUUAAUCAUAUGAUAUGCUGUUUGGCUCCUUGAAGUGACAUACUGAAGGGUGUAUGUUGGAGAGGUCGAUUUUUUUUUCCUAGUUAUAAUGUGGCUUGUAAUUGUUUUAGUAUUUUGUAUUUUCCUUGGUACAUUGAAUGUUAAGCAGAGAAAGAAAAAAGAACCAUUCUUGUAAAAA